AUGGGUUUGCUUCCAAGUCCUAAGCAAGUCUACGGUCGGACGCCACGGUAUCUAAAGAACAUCAAUAUGACUACAACUGAUGGAUCACCAUAUGAAGUUGAACAUGACGUUUGGGAGGUAAUAGCAAAGAUGAAGGAGCAUAUAAAAAAGCAAGACCAGAUAAUUGAAGAUAUGAAUAACAAAGAAGGCUAUGUCAAUAAUGGUAUAGAAGAGGAAAACCUCCAAUCAAAUGAUAAUGGUAUUUCUCGGUCACCAGUACUGCUUGGUAAAACAAAGAGAAUCCAGUGCAAUGGACCCGUUGAGGCACGAUCGUCUAUGCAACAUGACAUUCCUGAGGAUAAUAAUUUGUCACGUUCGCACGAAAAGGUUGGCGACCAUGAUGUCAACCAAUUAAAAAUUCAACAAAUUUCAUCAUCUCCACAACACCUUGUUAUUGAUUCUGUGCUAGAGGUGAGGGAAACGAGGAAUAUUACGGGUGAAUCUGUUUCAACACCGAACCAGCAAAGGACUAGAACUGAACACCCACACCGCUCAAAAAGAAGGCGUUCUUCUUCCAUCAAGGCUGCUUCCAAAGUAGUCUUGAAGACUUCAACAUAUCCCAACAAGCGGAAUGUUGCGUAUGGUACUAUUCGGAGUACUGAUCCAAGAACUAAGGCUAGUGGUAUUGAGUUAGGUGCUGAAUUUGCUCUUGUGCGCAUAGAUGAUCCUAUUCUUGAUAAUGAGGAGUUGGUAAGGGAAGUUUCUGAUUGCAAGACAAUUGGCGAGGCUUUCACUUCAGGAUACUUAAUUGCCUGGCCUUCAGCUUUUAUUCGAGAGAAGGAUGGUUGA